UAACUGACCCCAUUUCUUUUGCCUCCCAGCUGCAGAGAAGCAUCCUCCUCUGAAUGUCUGAAAGAGAAGGAAAUUGAGCCACUCAUCCAUUUUGACAAGAUGCCUGGUGGACAAGUGGAAGGAAUCAUGGCACCGCAGCAUCCACUCCUCCUUGACCCCCUGCACCCGUUUGUGGGUCUGGACUUCCCACUGGACCAGCUCUUGGAGCUGCUAAGGCCUGACCUCCCAAUCAGGCAGCAGGUGGCUGAGCUGGAAACCCGCCAGAAGACCUUGGAGAACAUUGUCUCAGUCCUGAGCCGGGAGCUGGGCAGAAAAGAAGAGGCCCCUGGAGUGAGGCUUGGAGAAGCCCUGGCUAGGAUCCUCUAUCUGGAGGAGAAAAUAGAACAACAAGACUCACUCUUGGCUCUGAAAGAUGUGAUGAUCAGCAGCUUGGUGUCCCGGAUCCAGGCCCUGGAGCAAACCAGCUACGAUGGGUGUUUCCUCUGGAAGGUCCCCAAGGUGGGGCUUCGAAUGCAGGAAGCGCAAACUGGCAAACGGCCUGCCCUUUAUUCCCCCCCAUUUUAUACCGCCCGUUACGGUUACAAGCUCUGCCUGAAGCUCUUCCUGAAUGGAGAUGGGACUGGAUCCGGCACUCAUGUUUCACUCUUCCUGGUUGUGAUGAAAGGGGAAUACGAUUUCCAGCUGAAAUGGCCUUUCCGACAUAAGGUCACCUUCACCUUGUUGGAUCAAGUCAACAAUCGUCACAUUUCUACCUCCUUCCGUUCCUUGGAAUCCUCAUCUUCAUUCCAGCGUCCCAUCAAUGAAACCAACGUGGCCAGUGGCCUCCCCGAGUUCUACCCAUUGAACUUACUCCACGACCCAGGGACUGGCUACAUCUAUAAUGAUACAUUAGCCAUUCAAGCUGUGAUUGACACAAAGGCGUAGACUAAAUGGGCAACCUUCAUCUCAAAUGUGGAGAUUGAACCACCAACCACCGUUGUUCUGACAAGAUAGAAGCCACCAGACUACGUUGUUGCAUUUUCCCCAGUCUCUACUCAAUACAGCUACAACUGAGGAAACUCUGUGGGACUUACUCAGCCCCUUCCCCUCACCUCCACAACAGCCCAGAGGCUGAAGGACUCCCUACAGUCUAUGCUCCUAAUGCAAGUUUGAAUCCAUUAAUUUAUUCUAAGAUCUGCAUACCACAAGGGGGUUGGUCUGCAGAAUCCAAAACAUUCUGUCAAGUAUGAAAAGGAGAUACGAACCUAGGUUUUCUGCUGCAGUCCUGUUUCUCGUGUUUUAAGAGAUAAAACCAUUCUCUCCUCACAUCCUUGCCAGAAG